AUGAUAACGUCCGUUAACUCGACGGCAUUGGCGUGUGCCGGGAAGCGGCCGAACUUACAAACGGCGGUGUCAGCCGUUCGGGUAACGUGGAAGAGCGCGUUUGUUACGUCGAUCUGCGUAUUUGUCAUAAUGGUGAUCUACGUACACUUGAUGCGUACGGUUACGGCUUUGGUAGGGUGGAGCGUACAUGCCCAGUGGUUGAUGGUGGUUUUGGGAGCAGUUUUGGAGGUGGAAUUAAUGGCGGUUUUAAGUUUUGCUAUGGUGGUUUCGGUGUUGGAAGAGCGGUUUGGGUGGGAAGCUAUAAGGGUUGGGUGGGAGCUGAUGGAGGGAAGGCGGUUUUGUGGGUGGCUUUUGGCUGGUUUUCUGGUUUUGAUCUCUCGUGGUGUUGGGUGGGGCUUUAGGGUUUCAUUGGACGGUCAGGAUGAGACCAUGAUGGUGGUGAUGAUGGGGCUUGUGGAUAAAAUGGGCUUAAUUUGUUUGUUUGGGAUGAUUGUGCUUUGGAGUUACGUGGUUUAUACGGUUUUCUAUUGUGACUGUAGGGCAACCCGGCAUGCUAAUAAAGUGGAUAGUGAAUCUUCAAGGGUUUAA